AAGACAUGUAUUAUCUACCAAGAAUAUUCCUCUAUCUUCACCAGAUUUCUCUGCGAUUCCUCUUCCCAUUCCCUUCCCCGCUGCAACCCCACCUAUCAUACAACCUCCCGCAACCUCGCUCCCCUCCCCUCCCCAAAACCCUAACCCCCUCCUCCGAUGGUAUCACCGGCGCCCUCCGUCGCCGCCGGAGCGGCGCCUAGAUAGCCGCCCCAACGCAAGUGGUAAGCUCGGUCGCGCGGGGGACGGGCGACCAUGGUUGGCCAGAGAAGAUGACCUGCACGCAGGAUCAUCUUGGAUCGCCCGCCUUCCACCCCGCGCCGCUGGUCUCUGGUCGCUCGCUCGUCCAUCUCGCCCCGGCUUCUUGCGCCGCCGCCGCCGUGCUCCACCCGUCGGAUCCGUACCGGAUCGGUCCCAUCCUCGCCAGUCCGCGCGGCUCCUCAAUCUGUCGUCGUCGUGGCUCCGCCGCCGUAGCGGAUCUGCGUCAGCUGGCUCUCGCGCCUGGCCGCCGUGGCUCCGCCUGGAUUGGUCGAUUCGUUACCUGCCCGACCGAUCCGCCGCCGCAGUGGCUCUACCCGGAUACUCCCCGCGCCGGCUGGCUCUCGCACAUGGCCCUCGCCUCUCCUGUCGCCGCCGUCAGCUUGUGCUGCUCCGCUAGGGCCAUGGCGUCAUCUUCCUCUCCCAGUCCCAUUACCCAACACAGCCAAGCGGAAGGUUCUGUCGAGCGAGCGAGGAGUAGGCAGUUACAUUGUGGGCUUGUCAAUGGGGGCGUCGGGGAAGUGGAUCAAGUCGCUGGUGAGCCAGAAGGCGUCGUCGGCGGAGAAGGAGGGGAGCAAGGGGCGCAAGUGGAGUCGGCUGUUUCGGAGCUCGUCAUCCACGUCCAGGGCCGGGUCGUCGACGUUGGACAACGUGUUCAGCUCUGUGGUCAUGGCCGUGGUCCGCGCGCCGCCCAGGGACUGAUAAAUGCGGCCACUUAACGUAUAAAUAUAAUUACAGCUGAUUGAGAUAUAACUACUGCAGUUAUUUGCUGCUUAUUAUCACUUGACCUUUUGCUUGAAUUUGUUACAAGUAACUGAUAAAUGCGGCCACAUAGGGAUCACCUUUGUUUGACAGUGUUAUAGUUUGAUCUAAGUAGCCCUUUCCACUACAAUGAAUAUCUUUGUUGCCAUUGAGUAUGGGAACAGGGCUGGGAAUGCAAAUCUAUAAAGAGAAGUUUAGUAGGCAUUAAUUUGAUAUGCACGCUUCCAUCAGAGCAAUUAAUUAGUUCCAAAGAAUUUUAGACAAGUAAUGAAUCACAUUAUGACCUCAAAUGGUUUGCUAUUAUGCCAUGGCUACUGAUCUUGAGCUUUGCUGUAUCGCUUACCUGUAAUAUCUAGCUUGGUCCAUGCAUCAGGCUCAUGAAUCUGAUAAAUAUUUGUUCAUGGUCAGUCAAUUUUGCGUGGCCUGUUGCAGUUUCAUAAAUUAGAACCCCAGCUGCUUGCAGGUCUGUCACCAGCAGGGGCAGAUCUUUUUACGGUUCAUAUAUGCUAGUGCAUGCGUCUGGAGGACAUCCUUCUAAAUUUUUUUUAUUUCAGUUAGUGUCCUGAAAGCGAUCUGCACACGAGCUCUAGGUCAAUGUGUUCCCCCUUUUGUCCCUUUGCCAUCCUUUUCAUUUUGGUUAAUCUUUCUUGACAAUAGCGCUAAAUCACAUGAUUCAUGUGAAUGUCAGCUCAUAUGUCCACUUCUGAGUUCAUCAUGCCAUUUAUUCAUGACGUGCAUAACCUUGAGUAUAUGUUAUUUUUACCUGUUUGACUAGGGAAAAUACAUCCUAACAAAUUAUGUCUACGUCAUGUUGCCAGGCAAUUGAUGUCCAACUUGGGUUCGCAAUUGACAGCCCAAAGGCUACCCUGGCAGUGAAAAAUCUAAUUAUGUCUACAUGUAAUUUCUGCUAGAUUGCCUGAUACUAUGCACAAAUUUCGGAAGGAGCCAUGAUUGUCACGUUCAAUUCUGCAACAUUUAGUUGAAUUUUUGUUAAUAUGAUAUUUCCAGGGAAACUCUAGGGCACUUUUUAAAGACAUGCUUCUUUAUGGGAAAUGAACAUAUAAGGUGAUAUUCCUCUUGCUGAAAAUAUGUGCAAGGCUGAGAUCAGGGCACCUAUUAAAAUCUAGAUUUUCUUAAUGUCAUGUUAAAUAUUGUGUUAACUAAACUGUACAGUUGUCUAGCUUUUAUGCUCUGUAUAUGUGCUAGAUUUGUAGAACUGUGCAACGUCACCCAAUGAACUACUCAACCACGACGUCGGUCACCGCAACCUCAUCGUCCGCUUUCAGUGUGCUUGACAAUGGAAAUUAGAGCAGAGAAGAUUCCACAAAGAAAAGAAAAAAAAAACACGUGCGAAACGAGCCCAGCAAGCCCAAGCUAGUCCUCCCCAGGCCCAUUAGCGACCCACGAAGAAAUCCCACCGUGAGGUGGUGGGGGGGGGGCGUAUAUAAUUUCGCCCCCUCGCGCUCUAGGGUUUCUGCUCGGACACCGCCGGCGGCGUAGGGUUUUGCUCGCACCCAUUCUAGGUCAGCGGAGCGAGGACGAGACCGGCCAUGGCGCCGCCCCAGGCCAAGUCUGGUCUCUUCGUUGGUCUGAACAAGGGACACAUCGUCACCAAGCGCGAGCUGCCGCCUCGCCCUUCCGACCGCAAGGGGAAAGCUACCAAGAGGGUGACUUUCGUCAGAAACUUGAUUAGGGAGGUUGCUGGAUUUGCUCCAUAUGAGAAACGCAUCACUGAGCUUCUCAAGGUUGGAAAGGACAAGCGUGCACUCAAGGUGGCCAAGAGAAAGCUUGGUACUCACAAGAGAGCAAAGAAGAAGAGAGAGGAGAUGUCGAAUGUCCUCAGGAAAAUGAGGUCUGGUGGUGCUGCUGACAAGAAGAAAUAGAUUUUGCACGAUCAUGAUUCCUGUGGCAUCCUCUGUUAUGUACUUCAGUAGUUCUUGCGAAUACAACUUUCUAGAUUUGGUCACUGUUUUGUAUUGUAGAACAAUCCAAUACUUGCUCUGAGUAAAACUUUGAAGUUUCUUUGUUUA